AUGGAACAGUUCGAAUUUCACCCCGCAACCACGUCCCCCUCCUCCUCCACAACCCGCACCUGGACCGCCAUUGAACCCGGCAUCGACGAGAUGCUCCUCAACGCAGACCCCGCCACCGGCCGCCGCACCACCCUCCAGCGCUGGCAGCCCGGCGCCGCCAACCGUCAGUCGUCCGUCUUCGCCCAUGACUACGUCGAGGAGAUCUACCUCGCCGAGGGCGACCUCUUCGACGUCCGCCUGGGCCGCGGCUGGGAACGGGGCGCCUACGCGUACCGGAAGCCGGGCAUGGAACACGGGCCCUUUCGGAGCGAGUGGGGGUGCCUGAUGUUUAUUCUGUGUAUCCCUGUGGGCGGGGACGGGAAGGAGGUGAAGGAUGAAAGGUGA